AUGGGAUCUUGCGCUAAAUGUUGGGGAAUAAUCAUAUCAAUAUUGGCUAUCAUAACCGCCGUGAUCGUUGUAUGCGUCUAUUUCACCAAUCCAUCGGAUCCUUCAUUCACCAUCAAUGAUUUUUACGUUUCAGCCCUCAACCUAUCGGACAUUUCCUCCACCACCACCGCCGCCAAUCAGACCAUUUUCUUUGACAUGAGGCUCCAUAACUCGAAUAAAGCCAUGGGAGCUUACUACGACCCUGUUACAAUUACCUUUUUAUACAUCCCUAAUAUCAAGUUGACUUUUGUCGUUGGAGAAUACACAGUUCCCAAGUUUUAUCAACAUAAUCAGAAAAGCAUGUACGUUAGAGAAACGGUGGCCACUCGGGGCAUAGCACCCUAUAAUAGGAUGGUAACAUCGUCCGUAUUCAUAGUGAAGGUGUCCACCAAAGUAGGGUUUAAGUCACCAGCUUAUCGUAAGAAGGGGACAGUGGUUGUAGUGGCGAAUGUGAGGGUGGGACAAACAGGAGAAAGAGAUUCAAAGAGAGGCAUUACACUCUUUGAAUCUGGUGUGGGUGAUCAUGGGCUUGGUUGUUUAGGCUUUCGAAUGAGUUUAUUGAUCCUUUCGACUGCCACCCUUUUGAUGAUUAUGUGA